UGAUUCGCAAUCGUUUAAAAUCCAUGUUUUAAUUUAUUUGCCUUAUCUAAUUAUUGCGAUAUAAAAGGUUCAUCCUCUUAAUGAAGACCGACAGUUGUCUAUUAAAAUUCGGUAUGAAAUAUUUGGUGCUUUUAUUAAUUUUUUCAUCGUUUCUUUUAGGAUACCUUCGAGCUGAAAGUAUCCACGAUGAAGCUUGUAAUAAAAUUCAAAAACAAGCCGUAGCUUCAUGUUUUGAUCGAAGUACUUUAGGAUUUUGCAUGAAAGUUGGAGACGAAUGGCGUGCCAUUGAAGCUGCUACAUGUGAGCCCAGAUUAUGCUGCAAUGCCAAAAUAAUGGGAUGCACUAUGGAUGCUGAUUGUAAAUCCGAGUUGACAACUUCAAGUCCUCUCAAUUCUUCAACUGAGAAGGCUGCUGUAGAUUGUUCUGUUGGACAAUUAAAGAAACAUGAAAGCGAUUGCAAGAAGUAUUAUUAUUGUUCGAAUAAUAGCUGGAAAGAAAGUGCUUGUUCAGCUGGAGUGUUUGAUGACAGUCGAAUGUCAUGUGUCUUUGGAAGUUGUAAUAACUCAGGAACAAACGAGUAAUGUAUGGAAAGGCUUAUAAUUUACAAAUAAAAAAUCAGCAUUUCAAAUA